AAAAAAAGAAACUUUUUUUACUUUUUUCUUUUGUAUUUUUAAUUUCUGCACCACCAUGGCCCACUCCUCCCUCGCGGCAAAAUAUAUAUAUAUUUUCAGUUCUGAUUUUUUUUAUUUUUCAGUUUACAGGUUCGAAAUUUUACGAGAACAAAGUUAUGAGUUCAGAAGUUUAUGUAUUUGGAAGUUUGCGGGUUUACAAAUUAUAGAGUUUACGAGUUCGAAAGUUUAGCAGUUUAGAAGUUUAUAAAAUUUGUGGGUUCGAAAGUUUAUGACUUCAUGUUUAUUGUAUCUAAAUUAUUUAUUAAUACUCUUGAGAAGUUAUUUUUCUUAAUUUACGACAUGCCAAACACCAAAAAUGAGUAAGAUUAUUACUUAUUUUUCAAGAAAAUAUUUUAUUGGAAAACAUUUUCCGUUAUACCAAACACACCCUUAAUGUCUUUUCACUUGAUAACUUUUUCCGUUUGCAGUUCUUUGUAGAAUUACAAUGGAGUAUCAAUGUAAGAACCUAGGGGAACUUGAACUUAUCUAUAUCCGGGGAAAAGAAUUGCUCUUGCUAGAAAUCUUGUUAUCUUCCAAGUGUUUGGCUUGUAAUUUUUGGCCCUCUUUACGCAGCGUCUCAUGUCAAUGCCACACAAUAAAGAUAAGGAAAGGAAAAUGGACAAAGUAUUCGUUGUCGUAACUUGCAAAAAUAUCAUACGGACUGCACAUAUCUAAAAUUUUAUUUUGUGACACUAGGUGGGAACAUAGUACAAGUACUAUAACAAAUUAUUCAAUUUUAAAUAUAGUUCAAGUUGAAGACAGAAAUUGCCCAUUUGGGAGAUAACAUGUAUCACGUGGAAUUAGCCGAUGUGCGGGCAAGCUGAUCCUAUCACCACGCUUAUUAAAAAAAAAUUAUGAUUCACUAAAAUCCCAACCUGGUCCCAGGAUCCUUUAAUCUGAAGAACUAAGGCAAAAAUUUAAUCCUCCGUUUUAGCCGAACGGCCAAUUUUAUAUUCUGCCCUUGGAAAAUUCAAUUUUUGUAGCACAAUACUCUUUUACUUUCCAUCUCACAUAUACUCCUCUUGAUAUAAAUCCAUUUCCACGUCAAAGUAUAUAAUCCAUCUCUACCAAUAGCAUUCCUUCCUACCAGAUAACAACUCAUCAUCUCACCACAAACACACACCACACAUAAAGAAAAUCCAUAUUCCCUCACAAUCAAACACAUAAUAUAACCUCAUCAUCCCUCCUUAUCUUUCUUGAUCCAAAGUUUUCACUUAGCCAGUUAGAGAAGUAACAAGAAUAGUGAAAAGCAAGACAAUGGCCAGUGUAACCUCUGCUGCAGUUACUAUCCCAUCAUUCACUGGACUUAAAUCCGGUACAUCUUCCAAAAUUAGCAAUGUAGCCAAAAUGGUGUCAACCAAUCAAACAUCCAAAAUGGUAGUAAAGGCUUCACUAAAAGAUGUAGGUGCAGUUGUUGUUGCUACAGCUGCAAGUGCAAUACUAGCUAGCAAUGCCUUAGCUAUUGAAGUAUUGCUUGGUGGCGAUGAUGGCAGUCUUGCUUUUGUUCCUGGAAACUUCAGCGUUAGCGCCGGUGAGAAAAUUACGUUCAAGAACAAUGCAGGGUUCCCACACAACGUUGUAUUUGAUGAAGAUGAAAUUCCAGCUGGUGUUGAUGCAUCUAAGAUUUCAAUGUCUGAAGAGGACCUUCUCAAUGCACCAGGGGAGACUUACUCUGUCACUUUGAGUGAGAAAGGAACCUACAGUUUUUACUGUUCACCUCACCAGGGAGCUGGAAUGGUUGGCAAAGUUACUGUUAACUAAUUCUAGUUAGCCUCUUUAUCAUGUGUGAGAGUUAACUUGUUUCUAUUCCAAUCCCCUGAAUCUUUUGUUGUAUGUCUUUUUGAGGAUAUAAUCAUAAGUUCGUGGAGUUACAUAGUUCUUUAUAUAGCUUGGGAUUUAAGAGGUUUGUGUGUUUCACAAUUGAGACGGAAAACAAUAAAAUUGUACUACUACUAGGUAA